CCAUCGAGUUUCCAAUCUUUAUUUUCGACGAUCAAUGAAAUGAAAGUGCGUGUUUUUGUUUGUAAAAUGUGCGCGGUAUUGUCAUAAUAUUGUUAGAGGAAUUAGAAUAAAAUUAUAUAAAAAAAAUGACACUUCUUCUGAGACUGUCAGCAUGGAAAAGUAUAGUAAAAAGAUCACUUUUACCAGUGAAUCCGAUAGUAACAAUAUCAAAUUUCGACAUUCAUACGUCGAAAUAUAUUUUCCAUGGUGAAUAUGAAAUGCAAGAGCCAAAAUCAGAAGCUGAUAUUGUAAAUGUUACUUUCAUUAACAAAAUGGGAGAAAGAAUACCUGUAAGAGGGAAAGUGGGAGAUAAUGUAUUGUAUUUAGCUCAUAGAUAUGGAAUUGAGAUGGAAGGUGCUUGUGAAGCGUCCCUUGCUUGCACCACUUGUCAUGUAUAUGUACAUCAUAAUUACUUGGAUAAACUCCCAACAGCUGAAGAAAAAGAGGAGGAUUUGUUAGAUUUAGCUCCAUUUUUAAAAGAAAACUCUAGAUUAGGUUGUCAAAUUAUACUAACAAAAGAAUUAGACGGUAUAGAAUUGGAACUGCCUCAAGCGACAAGAAAUUUCUAUGUUGAUGGCCAUGUACCAGAAGCACAUUAAUUGUUUACAUUAUAUCUUACAACUUAAUGUAUAUAUAUCUUGUUCAUACAGUCAGUAUAAUUAUGAACUUAUAUUUUAUUACAUGUACAACUUAAAUGUAAUAUAAAUUGAAUAUCAUAAUGUA